AUGUAUACUAAUAAUAACAAUACAAAAUCAGGUGAGAAAGUUGAUAUAGGUUUGCUUUUGAAAAAAUUUAAAUAGGCAAACACAAAACUAAGUCCUUUACCAUUAGAGUAAUUUCAAUAAGUAGCCUUUGAUAGCAAAAUAGAACUACUGUAAUUAAUGCCUGAUUAUGAUAAAUCAUUAUUUACGAGAUUUGAAGAACUUAAUUAAGGUGCUGUGAGUGAACUCAAAAGAUCAUUCUUAUAGUCAAAAUAAAUAUGGAAUAAUUAUGGUCAUUCAUUAUUUACUGAGGAACUUGCAGAUUAACCAAAAUAUUAUACAUCAAGAAAAAUGUAAAUGAUACACAAUAGAGAUACAUUUCGAAAAAUAAAAGAACAGUAUAAAAAGUAGGAAGAAUCAUCAAUAGAGGAAGUAAAGAAAUAUUUUAAAAAAAUUAAAUCUAAAAUGCCUGAAAUAAAAUCUUAUCCUUCGUUGUAAUAUUAAGAUUUACAAAAAAUGGAAUCAAUAAGAAGAUAAAUAAAAAUAAGUGGAAUGAAUGAUUAAAAUAAUAAAAAUAAAGAUGUUUAAGAAAUGUAAAUGUAGGUCAGUCAAUAAAUCAAUGAAAUAAAAAUUAAAAAGCAAAUUGUUUAUAUUUAUAAAGAUGUAUAAAUUUAAUGGUAACCGUGUUCAAGAAAUGGAAGUACAAUGCUCUCAUAUAAUCAUAAUUUAUAUUUAUAUGGUGGUGCAGGCGCUAAAUAGAAUGAUGAUUUUUGUUGUGCUGUUGUUGAUAAAAGUUUAAUCUAUAAAUAUUUUAGAAAUUUACAAAUGGUAAUAGAUAAAGUUAGAAGAUUAACAGCAAAGUGGUUUUAGAAGUAAUCAUUCAGCUGCAAUAUAUAAAAAUUUUAUGAUAAUCUUUGGCGGGGAUGUUCAUCAAAUAUCUAACAAUAAAAGAAUAUCUAGUGAAAUCACAUGUGAUAUUAAAAUAAUUAAUUUAAGUAAAUAUAUAUUUAAAUUAUUAGUUACUAAUGAAUUAAAAGUCUUAAAAUAAACUGGUAUUAUACCUCCUCGAAAAUCUCAUAUUGCAGAGGUUAUUGGUAGAAGUAUGAUAGUCCAUGGAGGAAUUGAUAUAAAGGGUUAAUAUCUUAGAGAUAUAAUUGCUUUUGAUUUAUUAACUUAAAGAUGGAAUCAAGUUGUAAUAGAAUAAAAUAAUUGCUUUCCUGAUGGAGUUGCAUUCCAUAAAUCUGCUGCUAUUUAUUUUAGUAAUUAAAUUGAACUCUACAAAACUGAUAAUGAAUGUAAAUUGAAUAACUAAGGUGUAUAUAUAUUUGGUGGUUUUGAUAAAAAUGGUCAUUAUUUAGAUGGACUGAUAAGAAUCGAUACAACAACAAAACCUGUAGGAUUUGAAUAAGUUUAAACUAAAGGAAUGUCUCCAAGUAUUACAUAUAAAUUUAUUAUAGUUGGUCGUUGUUAACAUUCAAUGAAUUAUAUUGAAAAAUAUCAAUUAAUUGUAAUAUAUGGGGGAAAGAAUGAUGAUUUAAAUAUAAAUGGUUUCUUAAAUGAUAUUCAUCUUUUAGAUAUCAAAAAUAGAACUUGGAUCUCUGUGGAUAUUAAAGGUAAUUAGGUAGCAGGAAGAUGUAAUCAUACUUCUUCUUGUAUUGACUCUAAACUUUACAUUUUCGGAGGAUACAAUUAUUCAGGAUUUGUUAAGAGUGAUCUAUUAGUAAUUGAAUUAGAUCCAGUUAUAGUUUAAAAGUUAGCAUAAGAAGAUGUUAUAACUGAAAAACCAUUCAAAUAAUAAAUGAAAGUAACAUUCAAAAACGAUUUAAAGAAAGAUUAAUUUUAAGAAAUCAAAUAAUAAAUUAACUAGAUAUGUUUACAACCUUAAAAAUAAUUAAAAUCAUUGCAUUAAUAUAGGAGAAUUAGUGAUAUCUUAAGUACAUAAAACUUUAAAGAAUUUAAAGUUUAAUCCUAAUAAAAUUAUAAUGAAGAAAUAUAAUCUUAAACAAAUCAAAGUUCUGUUGGGCCUGUCUUAAAACAUUUGAAAAGAACUAUGACUACAAUUGUUAAUCCAUAAUGA